AUGCAUCUUCAGAAUUUUUCCGUGGUUGCGGCUCUUGUGGCAUCAGCAUUCGCCGCCUCUACUCCAAGCAAUUACAUUAGUCAUGAGAAGAGAUCUCAGAGCUUGAAACAAUGGGUUAAACGGGAGGAGGUUUCUCGACAGGCUGUCUUGCCGAUGCGAAUUGGUUUGAAGCAGCCCAAUGUCGAGAAUGGCAAGGGUGACGAGCUUUUGCUCGAAGUAUCUCAUCCUGGCUCCUCUCGAUACGGCCAGUGGUACUCUCCCGAGGAGAUUAUCGAGAUCUUUGCUCCUCCACAGGCCGCUGUCGAUGGAGUCAAGUCCUGGUUGCACGAAGCUGGAAUCGCCAAGGAGCGCAUCUCACAUUCUGCCAACAAGCAAUGGAUUCAGUUCGAUGCCCAAGUCGAGGAGGCCGAGAGACUCCUCAAGACCAAGUACUACCACUACGAGCACGAGCCUACUGGGAAUGUCCACGUUGCUUGUGACGAAUAUUUCCUCCCUCAGCACCUGACCAACCACGUCGACUACAUCACCCCCGGGCUGAAGCUUCUUGGCGGCGGUAAGGCAUCUAACGGACGCCCUUUGAACGGUCGCAAGAGGGAUCUCGAAGCUCGUGGUUUCCGUACCGGAAGCAACCAAAAUUUCUCUCAACCAAUCUUCAAAAGUUUGGUGAACAUUCCACUCAAUGUUCUCAACAACUCCGCCCAACUGUCCCGCUGCGACCAGUUCAUCACGCCAGAUUGCAUUGCUGCAAUGUACAACAUCACCAAGGGAACCAAGGCCGCCAAGGGUAAUGAGCUUGGAAUCUUCGAGGAGGGUGACUUUUAUGCUGCUGAGGAUCUUGUUGAGUUCUUCUUGACUUUGGCUCCUUAUAUUCCGAUUACUACCAGGCCCAAACUCGAGGGUAUCGACGGUGGAUUCGCUCCUGGUUUGAUUGCCGGUGGCGAGUCUGAUCUUGACUUCCAGAUCUCUUACCCAAUCAUCUACCCUCAAAACUCGGUUCUCUUCCAGACCGACGACCUCUUCUACGCUCUCGGUCUUGAGGGCGGUGGUGGUUUCUUGAACACCUUCCUAGACGCCAUCGAUGGCUCAUACUGCACAUACUCAGCCUAUGGAGAGACCGGAAAUGCCGACAUCGACCCCGUCUAUCCCAACCCUAACCCCCUCGGGUACCAAGGAAAGCUGCAGUGUGGCGUCUACAAACCCACCAACGUCAUCUCCAUUUCCUACGGCGAGCAAGAAGAKGAUCUCCCCACCAACUACCAGCAGCGACAAUGCAACGAAUUCAUGAAGCUGGGAAUGCAGGGUGUUUCCGUGGUCAUCGCUUCCGGCGAUUCCGGAGUAGCCGCACGAUCCACAGACGACGGCAACGACGAUGGCUGUCUCGGAAAGGGCGAAGCCUUCAACCCGGACUUCCCAGCUUCGUGCCCCUACAUCACCGCUGCUGGAGCAACCUACCUGCCACCCGGCGGUGACGCCAAGAAGGAUCAAGAAGUUGCCGUCACACGAUUCCCCAGCGGAGGCGGCUUCUCGAACAUCUACAAGCGCCCUUCAUACCAAGACGGCGCCGUCUCCACAUACUUGACCGCUCACACACCCUCCUACAAAACCUACAACACCUCCGGCAUGAACAACCCACCGGAGAGCGUCACCAACGGCGGACUCUACAACAUCGCCGGACGCGGAUACCCAGACAUCUCAGCCGUGGGCGACAACGUCGUGGUCUUCGUCAACGGAAUGCCGGAAUUGAUUGGCGGAACCAGCGCUUCGGCACCUGUUUUCGCGGCGAUUAUCAAUCGUAUCAAUGAGGAGCGACUGGCGGCUGGCAAGAAGACGGUGGGAUUUUUAAACCCUACGCUGUAUUCUAACCCGGGCAUGUUUAAUGAUAUUACCGUGGGGAAUAAUAGUGGGUGUGGCACUCCCGGGUUUUAUGCUGCGAAGGGAUGGGAUCCUGUGACGGGGUUGGGGACGCCGAAUUAUCCGGCUAUGUUGAAGGUUUUUACCGAUCUUCCGUGGAUGGUGGAUGAUGAUGGUAUGAUGGUUGUGGUGUCAGUUAUGUAUUGGGAAGAAGGAGAUGAAGGUGAUGAUUAUAUGAGCUUUAUGAAGAUUACCAUGUAUUUUGUGAUUUCACUCAGGAACACUAUCAUUUUCGACCUCAAUUUAGUAUGA